AUGAUGUCCCCUGUUUACUUGGGGUUUUUUGCCGCGUUCCCUGCGGUAACGAUGCUGAUAGACCUUUCAGUGCUGCUGCCCGGGCAGUGGCCGCCGCACGCGCUCGGUGCGCUGCGCAGCACACUCCACUGGUGGACGAGCACCCACGACCCGCUCAUGGGCCAAGCCCCUGUGUGGUUCAAAGCUAUGACACUUGUAGAGGUUGCGAUCAUUCCUGGCUACAGUGCGCUCGCACUACGGUCCCUGGUCCGCAACUCAUACCCGCCGUGGAUGGUGCCGCUCACAUUUAUCUUUUCGACAGUUUGCGUCUACUCUGUGUUGCUCCUGGCCGCCGAAAAUAUCUAUGGCCUGAAGCGGAACCUUCUGGACAAGGACGGGACGCCAUGGUUGCUCGCGUAUGCACCAUUUGUGCUCAUCCCGAUGCUGUGGAGCAGGCACGUGCUGCAAGCAGUGGCGAAUCACGGCAGGGCUGCGCCACCGGCCAAGGUACUCGCAGAUCUUUCGAAGCGUCGCACGAACCGAUCGACUGCUGGGCGAAAGGUGGAAGCGAAUACACACACUGUAGCAAGGGAGCGCAGGAAAAAAUCUCCCGCGUCUCUCACAAGCUCAACGAACACUGAGUCGAGCCAUCGAGUAACACCCACUGUACAAGAGGCUCGCUUGCUUGUCGGCGAGGCCGACAUGCGGACUCCCAUAACGACCCGCAGUGGAGCACAGGCCCGCAGAGCUCGUCGGAAAACGGCUGACGUUCCCGAUACACACCAAGGAGCCUGA